UUCUUCUUCCCUCUUUGUUCUCGAUUCGUACAAAACCUCACUUGCAGCCUUUCUCCCCGCCUUAAAUGGACGAGCGAUGAACACUACGCCACCACCGUCCUCGAGAUCAACCCCAAGCUCAGACCCACCAGUAUUCAUACAAACUGCAACUCUCCUGCGUUGGGUUUCACCACUACCUUUCUCAACCACACUCUUUCCUUCAAUCUCCACCUCUUCCUCCGCUAUCACAUCCAAAACUGCAAGCCCUUUUUGGGUUCAAACCACUAGCAAACCAUCCAGCAUCUCAUUGGCUGGAACCGGCACAGACACCAGGCCUAAACCCCCGUCCCAUUCCCGAGACCAGAAUCUCUUGAGACUCCUUCGCUUGAGGAAAACAGAGGAGGCCUGGCUAGCAUACACUCAGUCCGAGCACUUACCUGACCCCACGUGCCUUAGCCGUUUGGUCUGCCAAUUAUCGUACCAAAACACAAACUUGGGCCUCACCCGAGCGCAGGCAGUCAUCCGACGCUUGAGAAAUGAGCGACAGCUGCAUCGUCUGGAUGCCAAUUCACUUGGCCUGCUCGCUGUGGCUGCUGCUAAGGGAGGCCAUAUCCUCUAUGCCACGUCCAUAAUCAGGUCCAUGCUAAAAUCGGGAUAUCUACCACAUGUGAAAGCUUGGAGUGCAGUCGUUAGCCGCCUUGCUGCUUCCGGUGAUGAAGGUCCGGCUGAGGCUAUAAAACUAUUCAGGUCAAUUGCUGGUAGAGUCCGGAGGUUUGCUGACCCUACGGUGGUUAAGGACUCCAGGCCAGAUACAGCUGCUUAUAAUGCUGUGCUUAAUGCUUGUGCAAAUCGUGGUGACUCAAGGAAAUUUUUGCAGCUAUUCAGUGAGAUGCCUGAAUUUGGUUGUGAGCCAGAUGUUUUGACAUACAAUAUUAUGAUCAAGCUCUGUGCGCGGGCUGACAGAAAGGAUUUGCUUGUUUUUGUACUUGAGAGGAUCAUCGAAAAGGGGAUCCCAGUGUGUAUGACAACUCUACAAUCACUUGUUGCAGCUUAUGUUGGUUUUGGUGACCUAGAGACAGCGGAAAAAAUGGUUCAAGCAAUGCGAAAGGGCAGAACUGAUCUUUGCAAGAUCUUGAGGGACUCAAUUAUGGAUGAUUUAACUCCUAAUGAAAGCGAUAUAUUUGAGGAAUUGCUUCCAAAUUCCAUUGAUUCUAGGAACAGUGAGCCACGAGAGUUACCUAAACUCUUUGCACCAAACACAAGGAUGUACACCACCUUAAUGAAAGGUUACAUGAGGGCAGGUCGCAUUUCUGAUACAGUGAGGAUGCUUGAGGCCAUGAGGCACCAAGAAGAUAGAACCAGCCACCCAGACCAUGUUACCUAUACAACGGUUAUCUCUGCAUUUGUGAGAGCCGGGCUGAUGGAUCGUGCCCGAGAAGUUCUAGCUGAAAUGGCAAGGAUUGGUAUACCAGCCAACCGAAUCACUUACAAUAUCCUCCUCAAGGGAUAUUGCCAGCAGUUGCAGAUAGAUAAAGCUAAAGAACUGACGCAAGAGAUGAUUAAUGACUCUGCAGUAGAACCCGAUGUGAUUUCCUAUAAUACUUUGAUUGACGGAUGCAUUCUGGUUGAUGACAGUGUGGGAGCUCUUGCCUAUUUCAACGAGAUGCGAGCAAGAGGUAUUGCUCCCACCAAAAUUAGUUAUACGACUUUGAUGAAAGCUUUUGCCUCAUCGAGUCAACCAAAGCUUGCUAAUAAGGUAUUUGAUGAGAUGCUAAAAGAUCCCCGAAUAAAGGUUGAUAUGGUUGCCUGGAACAUGCUGGUGGAAGGAUAUUCUAGACUGGGAAAAGUUGAGGAAGCAAAGAAUGUAAUUCAAAGGAUGAAAGAGAGAGGGUUUUACCCCAAUGUGGCAACUUAUGGCAGUCUAGCAAAUGGUAUUGCCCUGGCCAGAAAGCCAGGAGAAGCCCUUCUACUCUGGAACGAAAUAAAGGAGAGGCGUGGAAUGCAAAAUGAAGGGGAUAUCUCCAAUUCUUCUACAAAUGUUCCACCACUGAAGCCUGAUGAAGGUCUCCUAGAUACUCUGGCUGAUAUCUGUGUCAGAGCUGCUUUCUUUAGGAAAGCCCUAGAGAUUGUUGCAUGUAUGGAGGAGCAUGGGAUACCACCAAAUAAAUCCAAGUUCACCAGAAUCUAUGUGGAGAUGCAUUCUAGAAUGUUUACUAGUAAGCAUGCUUCAAGAGCUAGGCAAGACAGAAGAAGGGAAAGGAAGAAAGCAGCUGAGGCUUUCAAGUUCUGGUUGGGAUUGCCAAACUCCUAUUAUGCAAGUGAGUGGCACUUCGAUCCUGUUAAUGAAGAUGAUUAGGUUCUGAUUUUGGUUGACCACAUUAUGAAUAACAAUUGCACAAUGGAGAUGUCAUUGUUGAAACAACUGGAAUUAGGUCAUCCCUUAAUAGAUAUAGAACCAAAUACAACUUAUAUAGAGUCUAGCUAUGAAUUGCAAUGGUAGAAUGACAUUUUGUCCAUCUAGAAAAUUGUUUCCAUUCGACUAACCCUACCAGUAACUAGUGAUUGUAGCAAGCAAGGGUUUUUCAUGAUGAUUGUAAAUGCAAAUCUGCAAUUAUAUCUUCA